AAAUCUCUAUGCCCUGUGUUUGUGUCUAUCUCAAUUUCUUGACACACUUUCUCUCUCUAUCUCUUCUCUUUGCGUUUCUUCUUUGUCUGCUUUUCUUGUUGGUUCAGUUUGCAUAGUUGAUGAUGGGAUUUGAAGGGUUGGUGGUGAGGGAAGAUGAAGCGGCGGCGAAGGUGUCGCCGGAGGAGGAGGAACAGUGCAGUACCACCUCGUCGUCGUCGAUUGGGAGGAACAGCGAUGUGUCGUCGGAGAGAUCAAUGGGUGAUGAUGAUGAGGGUGGAGAAAACGAGGCAGAAAGUGCGUAUAGUGGUGGAGCUUUGAACGGCAUGGAAGCCCUUGAAGAGGUUCUUCCAAUUAGGAGAGGUAUCUCGAAGUUCUAUAAUGGCAAGUCAAUGUCCUUCACAAGCUUGGCUGAUGCUGCAUCCUCCCCAUCACUAAAAGACAUAGUGAAACCAGAGAAUGCUUAUACCAGGAGGCGUAGGAAUUUGAUGGCGUUCAGUCAUGGUUGGGACAAGAAUCGAAGCUACCCUUUGAGAAGCAAUGGGGGUGGUAUUUCCAAGAGAUCAAUCAGCUUGAGCAGAAGUUCUCUGGCUCUUGCAGUUGCCGCGACCAACUCCGACAGCAGCAGCAGUAUUACAAGUGAAGAUUCUGCGUCCAGCUCAAAUUCGUUGUCACCGUCACCGACUCCUCUUCCUCCUCUUCAUCCCCGGCAUAGAGUUUCUUUAAUUGCUAAUCCGCGGUCAUAUUCCUUGGCUGAUUUGCAGCAUUGUGCCAUUGCUGCAACAAUGAAGAUGUCAAGCCCCUCCAUUGGAAAUGAAGCAGCACACCAAUCACAGUAAAUGAACUUGUUAACUCGGAAACUAAGUUAUUAACCCUUUUAACUCAUUUGGAUGUUCAUCUUGAUCUGGUCCUAUCAGUUUGAGCGAGAUGGAGGUUGUAGAGUUGAGUCUUUGUGUAUGAUCCCUUCAGAUUAACUAUAAUAGAGUGUAUUAUAUGGUAGACAAUGUGAGAGCAUUUUUUCCUUCCCCUA